UGACUGAUGAGCCAUGGGAGUAGUGGUAGGAUAUUGUGAUGGCCUGUGAGAGUGGUGAUGCCACUUCUUGCCUAAGUGUUAAUCUCUUGAAUGAACAGAAUUUUAGUGAGCUAGAGCGAUAAAAUAGCCAGUAGAGCAUUUGCCUUUCAUGCCACUGACCUGAGUUCAAUCCCAGAAUCCCAUAUGAGCCUCUGAGUACAGAGCUAGGAGUAACCCCUGAAAAUAAAACAAAAUAAGAACCAAAGAAGAAUUCUUUUAUUGGUAACAGAAGCAAUUCCUCAGACAAUUGGGAACUUCUUAGCAUGAUACUGUCCUUUUUUUUAAGAGGGAAAUAAUCCUGCAGGAGGUGGGAGGCUACUGUGGAGAAAAGCAGUGGUUGUUUUCAGAUAAGAAGGAUAAGUAUGGGGCCUGGAAAUAGUAUCUGUUUUAAGUGGUACUUGACAUAUGAUCCCAUUGCAGGGAAUGCUGGGACAUUCCUGCCUCCUCUGUCUCUCUAAUGAUUUUCUCUUCCCACCCAGGCUCUUUGCCCAGUGCUGUUUGGAUCUGCCUUUCUGUGUGUGAGGUGGGGAAGUGAAGCAGUAGGAGACUAAGUUGGCCUCAGGAGUACCUGAGAAAGGACAGUCUGCAGUCUGCUAUAUAACAUAACACCACUGGAAUUAAAGAAAGGAGAGGACAGUUGUACCACAUCAGUGCAGAUCUACUUCCAGUGGCAGCUCUGGUGGUGUUAGAAUUGCUACUGACCACAACUCUCAACAGGUCUGCACUCACCUUGGAAACAUCUUCUCCGAGAUUGGUUGUGCCUCUUCAACACUCUAAUAUUGACUGAGGCUGGGCUUGGGAAGGAAAUUUAACUGACUGAUGAAUUGACUAUUGACUCUCUUGUUUCCAUCUUUAUUGCCUGAAUCUUUGAAAGAUCAGGGUGUGAAUAUACAAAAUAGUGAUCUAUCUAGGAUAUAGACUGAGACCAGUGUAGGGGUAUCUUCUCUAACUUACCAUGACUGGGGUUGAUAUUGAAUCUCAAUCCCAGAGCAAGUCUGAAAAAAUGGCUGGAGAUGAACUUGGGGGUAUUGUAGCUGAGAGAGAAAAUGAAGCCCCAAUGGUGGUCAGACCCAAGGUUCGGCCCCAGGCUCAGGCUGCUUCUGGAACCAGGCCCAAAACUGAGUCUAAGGCUAUGUCUAGGGCAAAGCCCAAAAAUGAUUCCAAGGCAAAGAAUGGUCCAAGGUCCAAAACUGAGUCCCAGGCAGUGACUGGUGCAAGGCCUAAGUCUGAAUCUGAGAUAAUGACUGGUGCAAGAAACAAAACUGAAUGCCAGUUUAUGACCAAGACAAGCCCUCAAACUGAGGUUCAGGUAGUAGGUGGAGCUCGUCCAAAAACUGAUACCAAAGUAGUGUCUGAUACAGGAGCCAAGGAUGAAGCCCAGACUUGUUCUGAGACCGAAGACUUGUCAGGAACAAAGGUUAGAUCCAAGAUUAAUGCAACACCUUGGCCAUUGGUUGGUACUGAGUCUGGAUCAGUUGCUAACCCUAUGACCACAUCUGUAGAGUGUGAUCUGUUCUCUGCAAAUGCUGAUAGCUUUUCUGGCUCACAGGUUCAGAAAGGAUUCACACCUUGGUUUGAAUCAGAUGAUGAAGCUAAUUCGGGGUCUUGGUGCUAUCCUAGGACCAGGGCCAGAGAGGAAGCCUCUAAUGAGUCAGGAUUCCAGUCAGCAGAGGAGAAGGCUCCUAUAGUUUCUUCUCUCUGGUUUGAAGACGACGACGAAGAAGAAGAGACCAAUAUCCAGUCCAGACACAGGGCUAAAUAUCAGACUAAUCCCAGAUCCAGGCCCAAAUCUAAGCAGGGUCAUAAUCCUGGUUCCUGGCCUGGUUCUGAAGAGGAGUCUGACAGCCCUUACAGCUUCUGGGCUGGAGAAAAUGUCAAUAACUUUAGGCCCAGAGUUAGGGAUAAGGCAAAUAUUAGGUCUAUGCGCAGGACAAAGAGAGAAAGCUAUUUUGAAUCUGAUUCUGAAGAUGAGUACUCUAAGGAAUCCUGGGUUUUCCCUGGAGACGAGGCCACUGGUAGAUUCAAGCCUAGAAAUAAAGAAGGUCAUAAUACUGUCUUGAAGUCCAAGACAGCAAAAAAUGUUAACAGUAAUAGGGUGGAACAGGAGCCCAAGUGUGAAGAAGAAGUCAUCAUUGGGUCCUGGUUUUGGGAUGAGCAAGACACCAGUGUUGAAGAAGGGCCUUCAGCCAACUGUGAAUCUGAAUCUGAGGAGGGUGCUAUUGGAGGAUCCUUAUUCUGGACUGAGGAGAAGACAAGUUUGAAGGCUAUGGACAGGGAAGAUGUUAGGCCAGAGACUGAAGAAGAGGCUGUAUUUGGCUCUUGGUUCUGGGACAGGGAUGAGGCUGGCUUUGAUCUAAAUCCUAAUCCUGUGUACAAAGCUAGUGCCAGGUCCAGAGAUUUGGCCAACGAGGAACUUAAUGUUUCAUCCAGGCCACAAACUUGGGACGAGGUGACAGUUGAAUACAGACCUCUUCCUCGUGGGACUGGAUUCCCAUCCACCACAACCCUUAGAAUUCCUGAAGAAGUAGCAAAUGAAUUGUACUGUGAAAUAUUUAACAGAAAUCCCAAGAAUGUGGAUUCCAACUCAGAUGAUGAAGAUGAGGAAUCUCUGCUUGUAACUGAUAAUCAGCUUGUAACUGAUAAUCAGCUUGUAACUGAUAAUCAGCGUACUGUUGAGUUCCCAUUUCAAUAUGAGCCAACCUAUAGGUCAGUUAGAGAAAUUCGAGAGCAUCUUAAGGCCAAGGAGGAUGCCCAACCUGAGAGUUGGUACUGCAGCUGCAUACAGUGUGAGCUUAAGAUUGGUUCUGCAGAGUUUGAAGAACUCCUGCUAUUAACGGACAAAAUCCGAGAUCCUUUCAUUCUUGAAAUAUCUAAAAUCGCAAUGGGUAUAAGAAGUGCGUCUCAGUUUACUCGAGAUUUCAUUAGGGAUUCAGGUGUUGUCUCACUUAUUGAGUCAUUGCUCAAUUAUCCCUCCACUAGAGAGAGGACAAAUUUCUUGGAAAACAUGAUUCGCUUGGCUCCACCUUAUCCCAAUUUAAACAUGAUUGAGACAUUCAUAUGUCAGGUAUGUGAGGAAACCUUGGAGCAUAAUGUGGGUUCCCAAGAGCAGCUGCUUGGAUUAAGGCUGCUUAAAUACCUCACUGCAACUCCUGACUAUCAUAUACUGGUUGCUGAUUUUAUGUCUGGCUUUCUCUCCUUACUAAACACAGGUGAUGCUACAACAAAAUUUCAUGUUUUGAAAAUGCUAUUGAAUUUAUCUACAAAUGCUGAAGUAGCAAAAAAACUAUUCAGUCCCAAAGCUCUGUCAGUAUUUGUGGCUCUCUUUAAUGUGGAAGAAUCAAAUGAUAAUAUUAAAAUUGUUGUUGAAAUGUUUAAGAAUAUCAGUAAUAUUAUAAGAAAUGGAACUAUGUCCUCAAUUGAUGAUGAUUUCAGUCUUGAGCCAUUUAUUUCUGCUUUCCAUGAGUUUGAGAAGUUAGCUAAGGAACUACAAGUCCAAAUAGACAAUCAAAACAAGGCUAAGGCUGGACAGCAAAAGUGAUAAUAGUAACCAUCUGCUUCUGAUCAGCCUUAUAUUCCCAAAGAACCCUGAGUUGUGCUUUGGUGUUGAGUCUGGUUUUGUCUUGUAACUUAUAUUUUUACUGCUGAUGUAAACAUUGCCUCUUGUUGGUUUGAUGUGGGUCAUUUUUGGAUGCCAAAUGCAUAUUGGAGAUAAAAUGUAUUUGUUGAUAUUUGUCUUGCUGUCCAGAGUGCAGUAUUUUUUUAGUACUGUGAUUCUAAUGAACUGAGUCGCUUGUGUAAGCUACACUGCUACUUGUUGUUUAAACAUAGAGAUCUCUAUUCGAAUUUGUGUUUUCAAUAAAGUUUUAAUGUGAAA